ACGACUGUCACUGGCUUUGUCUUUGCACAGUGUCCGUGCGUGCCUCCUGCACGCUUCUGCCGUUUAAAUGGCACUGCCCCUUUAACCGCGUGGCCGUACUGCUCAUGCUCGGGGCUUUGUGCAGGAGUCCCCCCGCCCCCCCCGUCACAAACCAGCUGUGGACCGGACAGCGGUAGCAGACGGAGCACAGAGAGACAGAGAGAAAAGGAGAAGCUGCGACUGUCGCAUCCUGAGAUAAGAGAGCAGAGAGAGAGAGAGAGAGAGAAGCAGAAGAGGGCAGCGCGUCUUUGUCUGGGAGCACAGCCAGCAGGAGAGCACAUCAUCAUCAUCAUCAUCGUCAUCGGAGCUCCGUUGGGUUUUUUUCAUUUCAUCUCCGGGGGAUUACAGUCUCUUAGGCGGAGGCAGCAAUCAUCCGGUCACGGUGUUUACAUCCCGAACCUUGCCUACACAGUGGAAGUUCUCGGGAAGACCUGUGGGGACGCGCAGCCGAGCGCGUAACAGCGCUUUUCCAUGUUGGUGUUGCUCAGAAACGGAUAGUUCCGAUUGGAAUUGCGUUUAAAUUGUUUCUUUUAAGGUCGGAACUAAAUGUUUUCAUAAAAGUUUUUUUAUAUAUAUAUAUAUCUUCGUCCUGUCCAGCAGCUUUGCUCCGCAUCGCUCAGCAGGUUCGGAUAGUGCGUAAUUAUUGUUUUCCUGGGCCUUUUACCCACCGGCGUCACAGGUAGGGUACUUUAUAUAUCUAGGCUACACCACCGCUGAUGACAACACAUUACCACGCAGAGUGAGAGGUGACAGCUCGUGUUCUGGUCCCGGGCUGCAGCCUCUUUAAAAAAAAGAAAAGAAAAGAAAGACACUCCGCGUCCAUCAUGGAGGAUGCUGGAGGGAUACAUCUAUGCACCUGGAAAAAGGCGUCCAAAAGCAGCGCGCGGCGGGACGUCCUGAAAACAUACCUGGGAGUUUUUGUCAUGGUUCAUCUCGUGCUUCACACGGAAGCGUCCUCGGUGUCCAAGUCCUGCGAUCAGAACUGUUUUUCAGGGAAGUGCAUCAACGGGACGUGCGUGUGUGACCACGGCUGGGUCGGGGAUCAGUGCCAGCACUGUCAGGGGAGAUUCAAGUUAACAGACCUGUCAGGCUCUCUCACAGAUGGACCAGUGAACUAUAAGUACAAGACCAAAUGCACUUGGCUAAUAGAAGGAUAUCCGAAUGCAGUGCUCCGGCUGCGCUUCAAUCACUUUGCCACCGAGUGCAGCUGGGACCACAUGUACGUCUAUGAUGGAGACUCCAUUUACGCCCCUUUGAUUGCCGUCUACAGUGGUCUAGUGGUAGCAGAGACCAGGGCUAACGAGACGGUCCCGGAGGUAGUGACAACAUCCGGCUACGCUCUGCUUCACUUCUUCAGCGAUGCUGCCUACAACCUGACCGGCUUCAGCAUCGCCUACUCGAUGAACUCGUGUCCCAACAACUGUUCGGGCCACGGCCGAUGCAGCACAGCCAACUCGGUCUCGGGCCGCGUGUACUGCGAGUGCGAUGAGUACUGGAAAGGAGAAGCCUGCGACAUCCCGUACUGCAGGGAUAACUGUGGCAGCCCGGGCCAUGGCUACUGCGACCUGACCGGAGAGAAGCUCUGCGUCUGCAACGACAGCUGGCAAGGUCCAGACUGUUCUCUGUCCGUUCCCUCCACUGAGGCCUUCUGGGUGCUGCCUAGCGUCAAACCGUCGGCUCAGUCUCUGGGCCGGGCGUCCCAUCAGGCUCUGGUGCACUCUGGGCUGAUGUGGGUGGUGGGAGGAUACUCUUUCAACUACUCCAACUACCACAUGGUCCUCAACUACAACCUGGAGAGCGGUACGUGGGAUGUGGUGCCCGUCAGCAGCGGCCCCCUCUACAGAUACGGCCACUCAUUGGCUCUGUACCAGGAUGACAUCUACAUGUUUGGUGGGAAGCUGGAGGCGAAAUCGGCCAACGUCACGGACGAGCUAUGGGUGUUCAACAUCCCCAGACGCACCUGGUCACCACAGAAACCAGCCCCGCCUUCUCCCUACGCCCUGGAGGGGCACAGCGCCCACGUGGUGGAGCUGGCCGACGGCGAGCCGGUGAUGCUGAUCUUCUUUGGCUACUCGCCGAUCUACAGCUACAGCAACAAAGUUCAGGAGUACAACAUCAGGUCUAACUCGUGGCAGGUUGUGUCUGCAGAAGGGGCCGUGGUCCAGGGAGGGUACGGCCACAGCAGCGUCUACGACGAGGCCAGCGGCUGCGUGUUUGUCCACGGCGGAUACAAGGCGCUGAGCAACAACAAAUACGGCCUGGUGGACCACAUGUACCGAUACCACGUCCACACCAAAACAUGGCUGAUCCUCGGGGAGAGUGGCGUAGCGCGGUACCUCCACUCUGCGGUGCUCCUCAGCGGCACGGUGCUGGUUUUCGGGGGAAACACUCACAAUGACACGUCACUAAGUAACGGAGCCAAGUGCUUCUCUGCUGACUUCCUGGCGUACGAUAUGGCUUGCGAUGAGUGGACUGUCCUCCCCAGACCUGGGCUGCACCGGGACGCCAACCGCUUUGGACAUUCUGCCGUGGUUAGUAAUGGCUCCAUGUACAUCUUUGGAGGUUUUUCGGGCCUCCUUCUGAACGAUGUGCUGGCCUACACCCCUCCGUCCUGCCAGGCCUUUUCUAACCCAGCUUUGUGUGCUGCUGCUGGGCCGGGCCUUCGCUGCCAUUGGCUCAAAAGUAGAUGUGUCCCCUGGGAGCCAAAAGACGCCAAGCACAUUAUCCCUGCUCCUUUUUGCCCCGCGCGACCUGACAGCACAGACGAGCAGUGUUUCCGGUUUUCAGACUGUGCCAGCUGCACCGCCAACACACGGGGCUGUCAGUGGUGUGAGGACAGGAAGUGUAUAUCUGCAUCCAGUAACUGCACCGUGCUGACUCUGGAGCUGGCACAGCAGCAUGGCGGCGCUCUGUCUCUGUCUCGCCCACCGACCAUGCUGUCUGAACAUCAGCUGAGCUUGUGGAAGCAUGGAGCCAGAAGGCGGGGACAUUCGGUGAGAGACUCGUCCAGCUGUAAGCGCCGGGAGGAGCAGGAGUGUUUCAGACUGGCCAACUGCAGGAGCUGCUCCCUCAACGCCAACUGUCAGUGGGAGGCGCAGCAGCAGGAGUGUCAGGCGCUGCCUGGCCAGCUGUGUGGCGAAGGCUGGCACCAUGUCGGGGAGGCCUGCCUGAGGAUCAACUCCAGCAGUGAGAGCUAUGAUAACGCCCAGCACUACUGCAAAAACCUGGGAGGAAAUAUUGCCUCUUUGCUCACAGACAAACAAGUCAAUUUUGUUCUGGAAGAGCUACAAAAAUACCAGCUGCAAGACAAGACUUUAUCUCCCUGGGUUGGCUUGAGGAAGAUCAACGUGUCGUACUGGGGCUGGGAGGACGCCUCACCCUUCACCAACAGCAGCCUGCGAUGGUUGCCCGGAGAGCCCAGCGACUCUGGCUUCUGUGCCUACCUGGAGCGGGCCCAGGUGGCUGGUCUUAAAGCCAACCCCUGCACGGCCACCACCGAUGGCCUCAUCUGUGAAAAACCCGCCGGGAGUCCACAGAGUCAAAGCGCUCGUCCCUGUAGGACGCCGUGCUCUCUGCGCACCAGCUGCGCCAACUGCACCAGCCAGGCCAUGGAGUGCAUGUGGUGCAGCAGUACGCAGCGCUGUGUCGACUCCUCGGCGUACGUCAUCUCCUUCCCCUACGGACAGUGUCUGGAGUGGCAGACCCAGGACUGUGCUGCCCACAACUGUUCCGGUCUGAGGACGUGUGCCGAGUGUCUGGAGAGGACGGAGUGCGGCUGGUGCGGUGAUCCCAGUAACACCGGCAGGGGUGUCUGCAUGGAGGGGUCCUACCGAGGCCCUCUGAAGCCCGCAAUCGCCAGAGCCGGGCCCCGAGACCGAGACAGACUACGAGACAGGGACAUGGUGCUGGAUCAGAGCCUCUGCUCGUCUGAUAGAGGCUACAACUGGGCCUUCAUCCAAUGUCCCGUGUGCCAGUGUAAUGGCCACAGCAGGUGUGUGAACGGCAGCGUGUGCGAGCACUGCGGGAACCUGACGGCGGGGGUGCACUGCCAGAGCUGCAUGCCCGGUUACUAUGGCGACCCCACCAACGGAGGAAAGUGCAACGCAUGCAAGUGUAACAGCCAUGCCAACGUGUGCCACGUCAACACAGGGAAGUGCUUCUGUACCACUAAGGGCAUCAAGGGAGACCAGUGUCAGCUAUGUGACUCAGAGAACCGUUACCUUGGCAACCCUCUCAGAGGAACAUGUUAUUACAACCUGUUAAUUGAUUACCAGUUUACCUUCAGCUUGCUUCAGGAAGAUGACCGCCACUACACCAGCAUCAACUUCAUGGCUACACCUGAACAGGCCAACAAGAAUCUCGACAUGUCCAUCAACGCCUCGAACAACUUCAACCUCAACAUCACUUGGUCCUUAAGCUCUACAGCGGGCACCAUCUCAGGGGAGGAGAUGCCCAUCAUAGCGAGGACCAACAUCAAGGAGCACCGUGACAGUUUCUCAUGUGAAAAGUUCAACUUCAGACUUCACCACAACAUCACCUUCUACGUCUAUAUGUCCAACUUCAGCUGGCCAAUCAAGAUCCAGAUUGCUUUCUCUCAGCACAACAGCAUCAUGGACCUUGUGCAGUUCUUUGUCACCUUCUUCAGCUGUUUCCUGUCUCUGCUACUGGUCGCGGCUGUGGUUUGGAAAGUGAAACAGACCUGCUGGGCCUCACGACGUAGAGAGCAGCUGAUGAGAGAGCGACAGCAGAUGGCCAGUCGUCCCUUUGCUUCGGUCGCUGUAGCGCUGGAUGUCAACGGUGACCAGGAGGAGCUGUUACAGGCGGUUCCGAAGCCCAUAGCCAUGGAGCCAUGUUGGGGGAGCAGAGCAGGUGUUCUGACGGUGUUGCUGUAUCUGCCCAGAGUCCCAUCUGGAAUACCUCCACCAGGACAGUCUGGUAUUGCUAUAGCCAGUGCUCUGGUCGACACAUCACAACAGCGAGUGAUGGACUUCAAAGAAAGAGGCCUGGGUCUGAAGCACCGCAAACACACCGUGCUCCAUCAAGGGACCUGUGUAUGAACUGGAUUCUCUCAACGAGGAAACAAGAUAGCCAUAGUGUCCCCAGGGGAUUUUACUGGAGAUAUUCUCAUGGACUUUAGAAAAUUUACAAAAUUGGGUCCUUUGGAGGGUCUUUGAUAGUGGCUUGGAAAUGUAUCCACCAUCUCAUCAACAGGCACCCAAACUGGGAAAAAUGGCAUUCAUGGUCCCUUUUUCCCCGGAUCAAACGGAAAACGUCUUCAUCAACAUGCUCUUCUCGUCCCUUGUGUGUAUAUGUUGGUCCUGAUGUCCCGGGAAAACAACAAUUGGAAACCUGCAGAUUGACGGAGAAAAUGUGUUUUUCCAACAUAGCUUUGGUUAGACAUUUACUAUGAAUACUGGCAGGCUUUUCCACUUCUGUGCGGCUCUGCAUCUCUAGGGCUUUACUUUUCUGUCAUGCAGUCUGCCAUAUUGACAGAGAAAAAAAACACUUGUUUUACACCAUUAAACCAGAGCUUCGAGCUUCUGUGAAAGAUAUUGAGCUGAAAUUAACUGAGCUGAAAUAAAGUCCUCCUGACUUAAAAUCCCACUUGGACUCCGGAGCAACGCUGGAAAGAACAACAUGGACCUAACUAGAUCAAUGCAAAACACUGUUGCGGGCGUUUUUUGUGCGACAAGGAUUUGCUUGAGGAGAAAGUCUCCUCUGGGAAUUUUAAAGACUACUACUGUUGAGAUGUUAAAGAAUGAAGAUCACUGGAUGUAACUGUUGCGAUUUGUCCUUUAUGAAAUACAUGUAAUUCUUGUUUUUCCCUGCACCAACAUUUGAAGUUCUACAUUUUGAUAUCUGCUCAGGUCCUCUGUAAUGGAAAAGGGUCUAUUAUCUGUAGAUGUGGGCCUUAUACACGUCUGUAUAUGCACUAUAAGUGAAAUGCUUUACCAGUACAUUAGGACCCUCUGUGGGAUAAUAUUAUGCAACUGAUCAUCCAAAUGUAAUGUUUAUUCUGGGCUGUAAUGUAACUUCAAGGUCGGUAUCAUCAAACACAUACUACUGAUGGUAAUUAUAUGCCUAUUAAUUCAGUUAUUACUGUGAAGAUACACUAUACAUCUUUUCUCAUGACCUCCAGUAAAUUCCAUGCCUGUUUACUUGUGAUACUAACUUUUAUGUAACAUAUCUCCUUCUGUAAUAUUUAUUAAUUAUUCAAAUUCAUUAUAAAAACAAUUUUACAAAUGCACUAAGGAUUUUUUUUUUAAACAAAGACUAAAUAGAUUUUACAAAGCAAGUCUGUGCAGUAUUCCCUUUUUGCUUGUACCCUCAGUUUAUUUUAAUUUCCAAAUAUAUAUUUUAUGCAUAUCAUAGCAAGUUUUGAGUGAUGGCAAAACUUUUUCCCUUCACCAAUCCUGUUAAAACCUUCAUCAAAUAUUGUAAAGUCACUUUUAUCAACUGCACAUACACAGAAGAGUUACAUUACCGUUCAAACGUUUGGAAUCUCCUGCCAUAACAGCUUGAUUGGAUCCAGUCAGAUGUCUGAGAGGAAUACUCUAUAUGUUUUAAUGGUCUUUCAUGCUUUUAGGUUGUAAAAAGUCCUCUUUACAAAUUGAUGUUUUUUUCUGUUUGUACCUGAAAAACAAAAUGCUGUAUAAUGUUUCAAUCAGACAGACAGUUGAAAGGGCAGAGAGAGACAAAGAUCCCUUUUCGGCAACAGUUGAAUAAGAAUAGAAAAAAAUCAACCGUCAUUGGUAAAAGAAACUGGAAGCUUAGCAUCAAAAUGUGUGCACAUUGAAAUAGAAAUAGGUUCCUGUUUCAGUGUCAAGUGCACAAUAAUGCAGCCUAUAACAAGCUGGAACUUCACAAUAGAAAUAGAAUGUUAGUCUAGGAUUAGCACUGUUGGAAUAUCAGCUGAACAUAUUACGGACUGACAACUCACUGUUCACUUACGCUUUUCUGGACUGGAAAAAAAAAAUUCAAAAUUCAGGUUCCAACAGCAUUCUCCCCUGUCGGGCAACACUGUGGAGACACCAACUAAAUUGACAUUUGAAUAAUUUAAUUUUUCCUUUGCGGAAGAAUCAUCUUGGUGUCUAAUUAUACUGUUGUUAAAACGUUAUUAUAUAAAAUAUUAUAAAAACAUCAAUAUAACUUCUGAUUCCAAACUUUUGAACAGUAUUGUACGUCUUUAUGCACAUGUUCUGUCUAUAUAUUAAGCCUGAUUGUUUUCAUUCAGGCGUUUCGUCUUCAUGUUAUUUUGCUUGUUGUUGAGAUUUGUAUUAACAAAAGGGCAGCUCACCACACUGUUUUUGUCCAUAUGAGCAUAAAUAUGUACAUUUACAAUUAAACCAUUUUGAUGCCUUUUUGUAUGGUAAUUGGAUCCAACAUUGUGUGCGUGUGUGUGUGUUCUUACUUUUGGUGUUGUGGGAUUGUAUUGAUUGUGUUCUCAGGAUGUCAAUAGGGUCAAAUGACAAGCUCAGCCAACACUAUAGACUAUCCAGCACUGUUAAUAGAGUUACAUACAUACUGGCUCAGCAACCUGAAUGGACAAACACACAAUGGGAAGGCACUGAGCUCAGCAUGACUUGAUAUACACUUUACAUAAAAAUUACACAACAUCUCAACACUCACACUUUUGUAUAUGACUAAUUAUUAAAACUUGACGCACCAUUCUCAAUUACAUUAGUUAACUUGUAUACGCCGUAUAUGCCUUGCAGCUUUGUUCGACAUCUUACUAAACCUAAGAAUGGCACAACAAGUCUGUCAGUUCUGGACCACAACCUGAUGUCAUAACAGCUCCUGGAAAGAGUGACCACUGAAGACUCUAGUGCUCUCCUGACCUGUGGAAUACAACCAUCAGCCAAAAUGCUUCAAUGACCAAGACUUUGAUCCAUGGAAAAACAAUUAAUUUACACUCCAGAACAGUAACAGCUAGAUUCCCAUGAACUGUUUAAAGCGAAGAUUUAUUUUUAGGACUUUGGUCGUGAUGUUUUCUGUCCGUGCCAUACAAAGAGCCAAAAGAUUUCCCAUGAUGCACUGGGCUGAGCGGCUGCCUGUGGAGGCUCGAUGCUGGAGGAUUUGGCGUCACCUUUGACCUUUUUAACUUUAGUCCAUAUCAUGGGUCCCUAGAGUAACCCUGUCACCUUUCUAACAAAAUGUGACACGCAAAUGUCCAAUGGAUGUGGCCGUGCUCUUCUUUCUCCUUUCUCUCUGUUGCUAUUACUUACCAACAAGAACAGCAUAGUUUAAAAGUGUAUAUGUGUUAAGACAA